AUGUCUUCUUACUUCACUGCUGCGUGUUGUGUUUGCGACCACCAGCAGUUGCUGUCCCCACGCUUCCUGACCCCGCCCUCGGGCGGGUACGUAGGUCUGGGCGAGAAGCGAGCACUGCGGUGCGAGGCGGUCGGGCGCCAGCACCGCGGCUGCGGCUGCUCAAGGAUGACCAGCCACUCACCAACUGGACCUCCCUGCGGCUGUGCAUGUGCUCAGCAACAUCGGCCUCUCUCAGGCUGGUGCCUACCAGUGCUUGGCCAAGAACACGGCCGGGCAGUGCUCAGUGCCAAGGCCAAGCUGCAAGUUGCACACUUGACACCAACUGAAGAGGUUUCUGAGGCAGUGCACGUGACUGUGCCCAAGGGUGGUCACGUGAUCCUGGAGCCACCCGUGGUGGACAGCGUUCCUCAAGCCACUGCCAUAUGGUCACGGCUCGACAGUACACCCUUGGACAGCAGGAAGUUCGCAACUACACAGGACAACCGCUUGGUGAUUCUGGAAGCAACUCCACAGCUUGAGGGCCAGUACCAAGUUGAAUUGACGAAUCCGCACACUGGUGACACCGUUUUCGGGCCAGCGGUGGAGCUCAGCGUUGACAGCAGUGGUGGAGAGCACAAGGCAGAACUUUCCAUUGUUGUGCCACCAGUUGACCGACAGUUCAACAAUCUGGGCAAUGGUUAUGACAGCUACCUUGAGUGCAUUGCUGCUGGCAGCCCCCUGGAACAGGUGCAGAUAGUUUGGCUCAAGGACGACCACCCUUUGGGCGAGCUGCCUCACGUGCUGACCCACUGGAACCGCACCCUGACCCUUCUGCACUUGGGGCCACAACAUGCUGGACGAUACACCUGCCAGGCUAGCCUGCUUCGACAGUCCAACGGCUCGAACAACGAGUUGGCAGCCCCCAUUGUCGCCCAUGCCAAUGUCACAGUGUCAGUGCUGCCCUCUUUGAGCCGCAAAGUGGACGAGGAGACUGCGGUAGAGCUGGGCCAGCAGGUGCAGCUGCCCUGUGUGGCCGAGGGUCACCCGCCACCCGAGGUGCACUGGCUGCUGGACGCCCAGCCACUGGACAUGUCCAGCGACCGCUUCCACCAGCACGACGGAGGCAGCCUGGAGAUUCGAGCACUGGCCAUGGAGGAUGCGGGCGUCUACCAGUGCGUGGCCGAGAACCAGCUGGGCGAGGCACGAGCCGCCACCUGGCUCCACGUCAAGAUUUCUCCACCGGCCUUCUUGCGAGCUCCCGAGAACGUGACCGUUCUGGAUGGAAUGGACGCGCAGCUGUCGUGCUCUGUUGUGGGGGCACCACUGCCCAACACGAGCUGGGCGUACAAUGAUGUGGUGCCUGUGCACAGCGAGGGUCGCAUGCAGAUCCUCGAGAGUGGCACAUUGGUGAUCGCUUCAGUGGUGCUGGCCGACAGCGGGAAGUACACUUGCGUGCGGGCCAACUCGGCUGGUUCAGCCAGUGCAGAGGCCUACCUCACAGUGCUCGUUCGCACCCAGAUUGUAAAGCCUCCGGUCGACACACGAGUUAUCCUGGGAUCGACGGCCGAGUUGCAGUGCCGUAUAUCACACGACCCUAGCGUUCCUUAUCAGGUCACAUGGUUUUUUGAGGAGAAACCACUAACGGCUUCGAGCAGGACUCAUCUGGCACCGGACGGCACCCUGAAGAUUGACCAAGCACGAAACACCGACAUCGGCACCUACACCUGCGUCGUCACGUCACCCGGCGGAAACGACACUCGCUCGGCAAAGCUCGAGGUCAUCGAGCUGCCGCACCCGCCAGGCCAUGUGAAAGCAUCUGUGACGGACACCUUGCCCAAGACGGUGAACGUGACCUGGUCACCUGCCUUCGAUGGCCACAGCCCCAUCACCCACUAUGUGCUGCAGAUGCGGGCCCUGCCCACUGAAGACGUGUUUUGGCUGACUGUUGACUCUCUGGCUCCUUGGACAACAGCCCUUUCGAACAUCUCUGCAGAGGCAACCUCUGUCCUAGUCUCCCAGUUAAAGCCCUCUGUGAGCUACCAGUUCCGAGUUAGUGCCGUGAAUGGUGUGGGCGAAGGCAGUCCCGGUGGUCCCACAGAGCCGGUGUCGGUGCCCCCCGAACCCCCCGGUGGUCCGCCACAGAACGUGGUGGGCGCACCCCGGUCGGCCACCUCCGUGAUGCUCCAGUGGCAGCCUCCGCUCGAGGGCGAGCGCAACGGUCGCCUGCUGGGAUAUGUGGUCCGCUUCCGGCUAGCAGGCUACUCCUCCAGUGCCUGGUCCACGCAGAACGUGACCACGACGCGCACGCUCCUGGAAGAUCUCAUUGUGUGGCAGAACUACGCCAUCGAAGUGGCCGCUUACAACGAGAAGGGGCUGGGUGUCUUCUCUCCCAGCAUCCUGGUGCGCACGCUCGAAGGAGUGCCCCAAGCGGCGCCCACUGCUGUCCGAGCGGAUGCACUCAACUCAACGGCCGUCCGAGUUCGGUGGCUACCUCCGGACCCCCAGCGUGUAAACGGCAUCAACCAGGGCUACCGAGUCGAAGCGUGGUUGAGGGGCCGUGAAGUGGGCGUGUCCCCCCCGGAUGCCACUGCCCUGGUGGCACCAAAUGUGGGCUCGCCAACCACAGAGCACAUGGCUGUCAUCACGGGUCUGCGCAAGUACCACAUGUACAACAUAACUGUGCUGUGCUUCACCAGCCCUGGCAGUGGACCACGCAGCAAGCCCGUGCUGGCCACAACCAAGCAGGACGUACCUGGGCCAGUGAAAUCGCUCAAGUUCGACAACAUUCUGGAUGUCUCAGUGCGGGUGCUGUGGACACCUCCUGAGGAAUCCAAUGGGGUUUUGCUGGGCUACACCCUCAGGUACUGGAUCAAAGAUGAUCCCGGGUCGGCAAUAAUGCGCAACUUGACGGCUGACGAGACCGAGACCACCGUGAAAGGCCUGCGUCCCGUCACAUGGUACACCAUCGAGGUCUUUGCUUGGACAGUUGUCGGGGCUGGCCCAAGCAUCGAGGCAUCCAUCAAGUCGGGCAUCCCACCAGUGUUGCCAACUGCACCGAGACGCCUGGCUGUGUCCAACAUUGGGCCGUUCUCGGUGAUGCUCCAGUUCACGCCGGGCUUCGAUGGUAACACCUCCAUCACCCGCUGGAUCGUGGAGGCCCAGACGCGACGUUCCGAGCAGUGGAUACCGGUUCAUGAGACAAGUGCACCCGGUGCACGGACGUUGCACGUGUCCCCUCUGGUGCCGUUCACCGAGUACCGUCUGCGCCUCGUUGCCACGAACGUGGUGGGGCCCAGCCCGCCGAGCGAGCCCUCUCAGUGGUUCCAGACCAUCCAGGCUCCGCCCGCACAUCCCCCACGCAACGUCACCGUGCGGGCCGUAAAUGCCAAUGCCUUGCGUGUCCGCUGGACGCCACUGCCCCAGGUCGACUGGUACGGAGUUCCCCGAGGCUACAAUGUCUCCUUUCGGGCAAAAGAUGAGCCCGACUUCAAGUGGACUGUUGUCGAGGAUCACAAUGCCAACAGCGUGGUGCUGGACGGCCUGCAGGCAUUCACCCCGUACGAGGUGUUCAUGGUGGCCUACGACGUGGGUGCCAGCAGUGCCAGUGCGAUUUCAUCCGAGCGCACCCGUGAAUCGACACCCUCUGCUGGCCCUUCCCAGGUGACCGCCAAGGCAACCUCAUCGACCACCGUGGUGGUGUCUUGGGGUCCCGUGCCUCGGGCACAUCGCAGCGGUGUUCUGGAAGGGUACCGGGUGGUGUACCAGGCAGCCAGGGAGUCGGCACCUAUGCGCAAACAUAUCGAGAGCAAUGCCACUUUUACCACCACCCUGACGGAGCUGCGAAAGUAUACUGUGUACACGGUGCAAGUGUUGGCAUACACACGCGUGGGUGACGGAGCUCUCAGCCUGCCACCCAUUGCAGUUACUACCUUUGAAGAUGUUCCUGGCCCACCCUCGAACGUGUCGUUCCCGGAUGUCACCACAACGACAGCGCGCAUCAUUUGGGACGUUCCACAAGAACCAAAUGGUGAAAUUUUGGGCUACAAGAUCUCCUUCUGGCGUCGCCCUGGCUCUUCCUUGGGCAGCGGUGCCGAAGAAAACGAAGACACCACCGAGAACACCGACAAGGGUCGAGUGUCUCGUGAAGUGUCCACCAUGGAUCGCACGCUGAAGGCCUUUGACCUCCAGCCGCAGUCGUACUACGAGUUUGCCGUGAGUGCACGCACACAAGAAGGAUGGGGCGUUGAGGCUCGGGCACUCGUUCUGACCACCGCGAGUCGGGAGAAGCCUCAGGCUCCGUCACGCCCUCUCGUGAGUCCGUCACAGGUGCAGGCUAGGCACGUCACCCUGAGCUGGACGCCUGGACGUGAUGGAUUUGCACCGCUCAGGUGUUACUUGCUACAGCAGAUUGAAAACACGGGCCCCUGGAAGGAGCUGCCCCAGAAGCUGGACCCGAGCACCACUACGUACACAGUGGCAGGACUGAAACCGGCCACACGAUACUUGUUUAGGCUGCGAGCGGUCAAUGACCUUGGCUUCAGCCCUUGGAGUGAGCCGUCUAACGAAACCUGGACACUGCCAGCAGCACCACAAGUUGCACCAACAAAUGUAGUUGUGACUCCGUACACAACGACGUCAAUCACUGUUGUUUGGAAGGGUCUUGCGGAUGAAGCGUGGAACGGUGACAAGCGGCAUCCCGGCUACCGUGUGGAGGCCUGCCCUGUAGGUGCGUCAUUGCAAGACUGUCGUGUGCGGUCACUCGACGGGCUCGAAGGCGGUCCUCUCACUCUGGAAGGACUGCAGAGAGACCGCAUCUACGAGGUGCGGGUCAUUGCCUACAACGGCCAGGGUGAUGGACCCCCAACCCGACCAGUCUCUGUCUAUGUCGGUGAAGCCGUUCCUACUGGCAGCCCACGACAGCUGAAGCUCGACUCGCCGAGCUCUACCGAAAUAGCAGUGUCCUGGGCGCCACCUGCCGAAUCGGAACGCAAUGGUGAACUGCUUGGAUACAAGAUCUUCUACAAAGCGGAAGGUGAUGCGGAAGAAGCCAUGGAAGCAGUCCCAGCAACCCCAACCGCCUAUACCAUCACCGACCUGCGGCGCUUCACCAACUAUUCAGUGCAACUACUGGCAUUUAAUCCGGCUGGUGAUGGUCCACGUUCCAAGCUGUUGCAAGUCCACACCCAGGCCGACCGACCUGGCCCUCCGGGCCCUUUGGUGUUCACCGACAUAACGAUGAAUUCACUCAACGUCAGCUGGACCCCACCAAAGGAGCCCAAUGGUAUUAUUACUGGAUACCUGGUCAACUAUGAAACAGCCGACUUGGACAUAGAGUCUGGCAGGCAAGUGCGGCAGAAAGUAGGGCACACCUUUCUGGCAGUGCGUGGCCUUGAUGAGAUGACGACAUACCGGUUCACUGUGCGGGCAGAGACGUCCCAUGGCUAUGGUGCAGAGAGCCAGUGCAACGUCACCACGGGCCCCCAAGAGGGGUCACCCUUGGCCCCCUUGGAGUUGGCCCUACAACGAUCGGCCACUGCGGCCACCCUCUCUUGGAAGGAGGGGCCCCCGGGAGCCAGCGUCAUCACGGGGUACUUGGUCGAGGCACGUCCCGCUCAUGCAGGUGAGGACGAAGAGUGGCAGACAGUUGCAGAGCUAGAGGGCAGUCCACGCACGUCGUACGAAGUGAGCUUCCAGAACCUGGUGCCCUCGACGGCCUAUACGUUGCGAUUGUUCGCCCGCAACCGCCUUGGCAUCAGCCCACCAGCCUACGCUCCCGAACACGUGCUGACGCCAAACAAGCUGUUCCUGGAGUACAAGCAGCGUCUGCCGUUCUAUCGGGAGCCAUGGUUUUUAGUGGUGCUCGCUGCUGCCAGCAUGGUAGCCAUCAUCCUGGUUGUUGCCGUGUUGUGCGUCAAGAGCAAGACCCACCAGUAUAAGCAGGAGAUGCAGCAGAGCCUCCGUAGUGAUGACCAGUUGAGCUUGAACUGACCACAGGCAGGCGGGUUUGGCAGCCCCGAGCCGCCGACAAAGCGCACAAUGACCCGCGGAUCACUCCGCAAGCCAUUGCCCGCUCUGCGGUCUCCGCCGCGGCCCUCUCCUGCGAGCGUGACGUACUCGGACGAAGAGGACACCAAGGCAUACGACGAUCAUUGCGACAGCAGCAGCCUGACUGAGAAGCCCUCGGAGAUGAGUUCAUCCGAGUCACAGGGCUCGGACAGUGAGGACGACACCAAGGGCGACCCACACUCGUUUGUCAAUCACUACGCUAACGUCAACGACACCUUGCGGCAGUCCUGGAAACGGCAGCGUAUUGCUAAGCCACCGAGUUACACCGACUCCGAGCAGGAGAGCAGUGCCGCCAUGUGCCUCAACGGUGGACGCGUGGUCCUCAACAACAUGGCUGGUUCGCGGGCGCCACUUCCUGGUUUUUCGUCUUUCGUAUGAGCCCGCUCUGUGCCGACCCACGAAGCCUGCUUUUUUUUUUUAUUAUUUUAUUGUGAAGAGUACCGUUUGCAAGCAGAAGAACUGUUUGACGAAAAAAAAAACUGUCAUAGUUUGUGCUUUGGGCUCUCUGAGAUGGGUCUUGCCACGGUCACCUUACAGGCUUGUCUUCUUAGCCUCUGCUUUCUGAGAAGACAGAUUUAGCAGGUUCACAAGGAGAGAUGCUUGUCCGUUUACAUGUGUUCAUAGUGCAGUCUACGUUAGGAAAUGGUCUCAUUGCUUACUGCACAUUAGCAUCUGCAAUCUACACUUGUAUGAACAAAGAUGCUCCGUCCUGAUCAAGAUGACAGCUACAGUUCCGGUAUGCUAUGUACCAUGAGCUAAUAGAAUAGCAUGCCUUGCCUUAGACUGUAGGAUGAAAAUAGUACCUGUUACUUCUUUCAGCGAGGCAGCGAUGACUUGAGGAGAGGUGCUGUGUUUUGUUGGUGAAGAUGAUGCUCUUGCUGGCUUCUCUUCGAAGAAGUGUUAUGAUGAAAAAAAAAAAACGAAUUGAAAAAUGUAGGGUAGUUUCGCUUUUGGAACAUUCACUGCCAGGGGUUCUUCAUAGCCACUUAGCAUUCUCAAAAGGAAGCAGUUCGUCAUUGAGACAUUGCGAAUGAUGAUUGUUGCUCAGCGCGGCGACAGCGAAAACCAGUCGGUACUAAUGUGUCUCGACUGAGUUUGCUGUUGUACCCUCAUGUUGUCUUCUUUUGAAGGAGACUUCUCAUGUUCAUCUUACAGGGGACAAGCAGUGCCUAAUCACUUCCAUGCGUGGAGUUACUUUUGUAACACGCAAUUAUUUUUCUUAGUUUUUGUAAUCUUAUGUGUAUUCGUAAUUUCAUGCCUUUAUACAAUGUGUUUGUUGACAUUAAGUGCUUUGGCAGUUCAACCACAAUCAUAGGUGUGUUUUUUUUCCCCAUGAUAUUGGUAAAUGAAGCAAAAAUUUUACCAUACGAAAAGGCAUUUUCUGCUGUGCAAACGUAAAGGUCUGGGCAGAAUGUUACAUGUGGGAACAGAGUAGCUGCUUCAGAAGAGACUCACAAGAAACAAUACAUUUUGCUCCAAAGUUAAAAGAAGCACCCCUCACUGCCAUUUACUGGAAGCGAUGGAGAACCAAGGAUCCGUCCAGCCUUUUGCAGCAAGUCCGUCCGCUUUCUUUAUGCGGACUACGUGCCGCAGUAGCGUGUAACUGCAUUUUGCUCAUUUUACCGUACACAUGUAGAUGCGUGCACGUGCGCACAAUCAGAAGCGCACACUUUGAGGACCAGUGUGAAAGCUUAUUCUUGGAGUUCUGUGAUUCAGUCACCGCUCGCACAUAUCACAACAUUUGCCUGGCAACAGACAAGGUGGCACACCCUUCAUUGAAUUAAUGUAUCCCAUUUGAUGAUCUGAACAUAUCUGUAGAGGUAGCAUAACCAACAUGCUCUUACAAAUCAAGAAGCAAUCAUUCUCUCCUGUCAAGAAGCUUGAUCAUUCUCUCCUAUCACAUCAGAAUUGUUAGCGGUGUACGCAGAUGCGUGCUUGUUAGUGGCAGCUGUUUCAAAACAGCACCAAUGUGUCCACUUAUCAGCGGUUAGUUUCGCAUAAAUAUACGCGGUAUUUUCUAUGCUUAAUCAAGUAGCUCCAGCCAGGUGCACUGGUGCAUUAUCGGCAUGUGCUAGAACUGCAGUUGAAACAGAACAGAGCAUUGUUUUAACUGCUUAACCACUUUCCGAAAUCGGCACACUUACAAACAGUGUUGGAAGUGCUGUUCUGACAAAAGAGAAUAUACUGCGGAGCUAGUUGAUUCAUAAUUACAUUUCGGCAAGUGAAAACAGAAGAUGAGAGAUAUAGAGAAACAACAUUGUGAGAGUAUGCACAUGGCUGGUGAGCUCCGCUCGUCUGGCAGACUUGCGAUUUCGCCCUUCUGUAACACAUUCCAACAAAAACCUUUUGUUCCUGGAACUCUGCUAACAGCUAAUAGCAGUUCAUUCCAAGCCUUGCACUCCUGUUUUUCCCACACUAUCUAAGGUUCAAAUGAUUUCAAGCGAUAUCGAAGACUUGCCAGUCGCUGCGAGAUAACUGGAGGUGUAUGAUUUUGGAAUUUGGCAAAAAGUAUGUACUGUAUGGUGCCCACGCAAGUCGUACAGAGCACUGGCUAAUUUCUGAAAUCUAUUCGUAGUCAAAAAUUUUUUUAGCACUGCAGCUCUCAGGUAGUUGCUGCAGAAAAAUAUGAGAGCUAUUAGCACGAAACGUUGCAGGGAGAUACAAUGUAUACUUGGGACCAUUGGAGCAAACUGAGAGCAUUAGUUUGCUCAGCCUGUUGAGUCUUUUGUUGCAGGGCAUCUUUUUUAAUCGUCUCUCUUCUUUGGCAUUGGUGGCCUGAACUGGAAAUUUGCUGUCAGCAGAAUAUGUGACAACGUAGGCUUCGAAUGAAUGCCAGCAAAUGCAACUUGCUAGGUAUUGAGGCUGUCUUAGAAAUUUUUAUGCAGUUUGUGGGACGUUGAUGAUUGGCUUGCAUUGCAUGAAAAUUUCAAUUUAUGAUAUUCAUGUUGUCAAGCUUCCACCAUAACUUGAUUUAAUCUGUUCCACAAAGAUUGCUAUUGUAGACCCCUGAUGGACUACUUUGCUGGUGCAAAGCUUUUAUAUCUAAGUUGUCAGGUUUGCUACAAGCACUUUUCAGUGUACUUGAAGAAAGUGCGGUAGAAUUUUAAUCACUUAUUGUAUGUGUGUAGAACCUUAGAUUUGCCUUAUGUGUAGGUCAGUAGGUGUCUCCCUCCUCUGUCCCCCAAUUUAAUUGUAUCAAUUUUGUGCUUUACUAUUUUAGUUUAUACUUUAGCCAUAGUGUGUAAGUGCUUUUUUGGCACUGUUCUACCAUGCAACUAUCAUGAAAGUAAAUCCAUUUUAAUAGAUUUAAACGCAAGUUAAGUCACUGCUCAUGACCAAUCCGUCCGGUAGAUGUUCCACAUUUUACUCUUGCAAAUGUAAUAUCAUAAAACUUUAAGCCAUGUCUUGUCGCUAGUAUUUUUGCUACAGUAUUUUUAGAGCAAAGUUUACCAUUUUGUCAUUAACUCUAGCAUCAUUCCAGGUUUCAAGGGUCCGUUAGUGUUACAGAAAACUUUUUCAUCACUUUUCUGAAAGCUCUCUUUACUGCCACUUGUAACGAUGAAAGGUUUCCCAGAAAAAGGCCUCUGAAGGAUUUUUAUAACUUUUCUGUUAGCUGUAUUGGCUUUCUUCCAUUAAGCAAUCAUUCCAUGAUGUCCAUUACUAACAAAAGCUGUCCAUGAAUUUUAAAUUUUAUCUUACUAUGAUUGGUAUUUCGUCUCUACAAUUAAAUCACGAACUUCAUAGGAGUGCUUGUAUAUUUCUAAGCAAACUUAAAUAUGCAGGAAAUAAUUGCUUCAAGUAUUAUGCUAAUUGAGUAUAUGUUGCAUAAAGAAGUAUGUAAAAGGCAAAUAGAGAAAAGCUGACCAAUUUAAUGUUCUUUAGCUUGUGACUGGCAAUGGAUCAACAUAAUUGGUGUAAUAUGUUCAUAAGCUGUUCUAGUACCAUGAAAAUAAAAGCAGUAGAAUACACAUGUGGCCUGCCAUGCCAAUACUGUGGGUUAUAAUGCACAAUGAAGCUUAGGAUAUUUUCUGUUACUGGCAGAUAAACUAUGCAACGUCACUCCCAAUUUCAAUGGUGCCUAAGCUUCACUUAAGGUGAAAACUCAAGAUUGAUGACUCUUCAGAGCAAUCUGAAAUAAAGGUAUAUUUUGUUACUUAUGCAAGACGUUAACACUGUAGCCACUCACCUUGUGAGGCAGCGAGUCAGGUAACGUAUGUCUUAUGGUAGUUAUGGCAACACGACCACAUUGUAUACUUAAUACUGAAACCAACUGUGAAUUGAACAUUAAGAAUGGUUGUUUUCACAUUCAAAUAGUCAUAAAUUAUUUGAUUCGAAUUCAAAGUAAUAAAUAUCCCCAGACCCCACGAUUUUUGCAAUCUGUGUUUCACCUUGCACAGCAGGUUGCUCUUUUUUUUUUUUGUUUAAUAUUUCAUUUCUUCCUCAGACAUGACAUAACAUGACAAUGUAACAAUUUCACCGUGUGUCAUAAGGCACGAGGAGGUUUCACUAUUGCCGGUGCUAUCACUUGCCAUUCUGUUUAAUGAGUUGCCAUAGACAUUUUGCCAUUACGUCCAGUGUCAUGGUAUUGUAAGUCCUCUAUUGCAGAACUGUGUUACCUCGAGCAUCUUAUCAUUUCUUGCAAUGUCUGUAGGUGGAUAUUUUUCUAAUCGCAAUGCUUUAAGCAGUGUAUUUAUUUGUGUCUGUGCAAUUUGUGCAUUUGUCUUGUGACACUUCAAGGAAGUUGAAAUUGUUGUGUACAUAAAGGAAAGUUUUUGAUAGGAGCAUAAAACAGCUUUGUGCGACCACAUGUACGCACCUUUUUCUGCUCAUUUGCUGCCUUCAUUUGUAGCUGUUUGUGUGUUUGUAUUUGUGUAUUGCAGCUUUGUAAUGAAAGAAUUGUAAAAUA